CCCAAGAAGAAGCAGAAGAGCUACACCGUCCGCGAGAAGCGCGAAGCGCUCCAACUUGCUCGGGGCACUGUCCAUGGCUGGUGGAAGCAAGCUGAAAAGCUUUUUAGCUUCACUGGCCACUCCACCUCUAAGUCCCGGAAGGGCCAGGGCCGCAGGGAAGUAUUUCCCGACAUUCUUGCGGUCGUCACCUUCAUGAAGGACGUGCGGCGCGAAGAGAAGGUAAGUUUGCAUGGUUUUACCUCCCAGAAGCCACAAACGGCAAAGAAUAGCACCGAGGAGCUCGAGCAAACGCGCGCCGAGUUCGCGCUGGACUUCUGGAAGACGCACGCCGCGUACGGGCCGGAGGGCAUGUACAACGUGGACGAGACUGCCAUCAAUUUUGACAUGCCUCCGGCUCGGAUGUGGGCGGGUAGAGGUCGGCGGGACGCUGCGAGGAUUGCGAACACGUCCAAGCACACCGGCCGCAUGACGGCUGUGCUCACGAUUCGAGCUGACGGGAAAAAGCUGCCGAUUCUGUUUGUUCUGCGUGACAAGCUGGGCGGUCGAAUCGACACAAGCAAGUUCGAAGAGUAUCCGGAAGGACACUUCUACACCGUC